AUGCCUUCCUCCAAUGGCAGCAUGCGCAUACAACGGUUGAUCGUGUUGCUUGCGAUUGGUGUUCUCAUAUGUCUUUCUCUCCUACUACUACGAUCGUCGCAACCCCCAGAGAAACCCAUAGACUUGCCUCCUCCCGAACCGAUACAGCACCCUCAGCUCCAUGCGGGGCAGAACACAUAUCUCCCCGAGAAGGAACACCCGAUUACACGUUUGAUCGCAAAUGCUCAGCAGGAAUUUAACCAUGCGCACUCGCGACAAUCGAAGACCCUGGCCGAGGCCGUGAAUGAAUACAAGCGCCGUUAUAAUAUGCACCCGCCCCCAUACUUUGACAAGUGGUUUGAGUUUGCACAGUCGAGAAAUGUACAACUCGUCGAUGAAUUCGAUUCCAUCUAUCAUUCUCUACUCCCCUUCUGGGCUGUGAAGCCCAAGACGAUUCGCGAAAGGGCGCGCGAAACGCUUGGAUUUGACAAUGCGGUGAUCGGUGUCUUGAUUCGCGAUGGCAAGGUGUCCUUAACGGAUGGAGGAGGUGCUGACAGUAAAUGGCAGCGAGAUGCCACCGCUGGUAUGAUGAAAGCCUUUGUGCAAUACCUGCCUGACAUGGACCUGGUGUUCAACACCCACGACGAGCCGCGUGUGAUCCUCCCAAGCGAAGACCUACAGCGUCUGGUGCAGAUGGCCAAGGACAUUAACAUUCCAGCCGCUUUCAAAAACCCGCCAAUCAACGCUUGGUCUCCUCGCGCCCCAGAUAUGAACAAAGGCGAUCGCAUCGAUGAGGUGCGCACCACUCGUUUCAACCGCUUCGCACACCAGCCGACCUGGACAAACUCCCGAAUCUCCUGUCCGGUUGACAGCCCGGCGCGCUCACUAGACGAAGAUGCGCCCGAUGACGCCAAUCCUUAUGCGUAUGGCGAACUGGGCUUCAUCUACAACACUACGGCGGCCUCCGAUAUCUGCCACACCCCCUCUCUCCGCUCUUCAUACGGAUUCUUCGACCGACCCAAUGCCUUUGAUGUCGUUCACGACCUAUUCCCUGUCUUCUCGCAGAGCAAGAUUUCUAGUUUCCAGGACAUUAUAUAUCCAAGUCCCUGGUAUUGGGCCGACAAGGUCCCUUACGACAUUAAAAAAGACUAUGCUUGGGAGGCCAAAACCGACCGGAUGUACUGGCGUGGUUCAACAACCGGUGGGUACUCUCGCGCUGGUGGCUGGCGUCGCCAACAUCGGCAGCAAUUCGUCGACACUGUUAACGCCUUGGGCACCACCAAAAUUCUCGCCCGCCAGGGGGACAGCUGGGUUUCGCAAGACGCUAAUCGGGAGGCCUUCCGUGAUCGUUUCGAUGUCAAGUUCACCCUUAUCGGCCAGUGCGACCCGGAUGACUGCAACGCGCAGACUGAAUACUUCGGUGUAUUCAAGCAGACUGGGCAGCAAGAUGCGUGGGCGCAUAAAUUCUUGGUCGACAUCGACGGCAAUGCCUUUAGCGGGCGCUUCCAUGCUUUCUUGCAUAGCAACAGUUUUGUUUACAAGAUUGCCAUUUUCCGCGAAUGGCAUGAUGAAUGGCUGAAGCCGUGGGUGCAUUACGUCCCUCUCAGCUUCAAAGGCAAUGAAUAUGUUGAGAGCAUGCGAUUUUUCUCCUCGGAAGAAGAGGGCAAACAGCUUGCUCCCCAAAUUGCUAGCCAAGGCCAACGCUGGGCACAGCAAACCUUACGAAAUGAAGAUCUGGAGGUUUGGUUCUUCCGGUUGCUCCUAGAGUACGGUCGAUUGGUAGACGACAACCGUGACCAACUAGGGUUUAUUCUUUGA